AAAAGAAAUUGAUAGCAUUCUUGAUAAUGUUUCAAAAUUGUGGAAAAAAAAUCUUAUUCCUGAAUUUAAAUGGAAUGUUCAUUUAUAUGCUUUGUUGAUGUUUAAAGUAAAAAUAGCAAGCUACCAAGAAAAAUGGGAUAGAGAAAACAAACCGCUUUCUAUACUUGAUCAAAAGAAAGAUGAAUUCAAAAACAUCAUUGAUACCCGGCUUCAACAUGGAUUUUCUCUUGUUUCCGAAGGCCAUAUUAUUGGAGAUUAUCUAAUGAAAGUUGUUCAUAAAAAAGCGAUUAAAGCAGGAAAUUUAGAAAGAAUAAAGAAAGUAAAAGAUAUUGUAUGGAUGACUAGUAACGAAACCGUAAGACUUAAAUAUUUUGAAAUGCUUGCAAUACAGGUUCAAAAUGGUGAUAAAAAAAAUGCCAUAGAUCACUUUUUAUGUCCAAAAAUAAGUAUAAAAAAUUGGUUUAAGCACGAAGUUAAUAGUAUUGGAAGUAAUGAUGCAGCUAUUGA